GAAAAAAAAAUCACUCAUUGGAUUCAAUUGAACACGCCCCUCUUCACCUUGUAGCGUCAUAGCAAUACCAUAUGAAUAGCUUGACCGCUUCAGGUCUUGCAUCUCCGAUCCUUUUUCCGGCAACUUCUUCCAUCUAAGUACGCCCAAAUACUCUUUCCCUUUAUAUAUCGACGCACAUUCAUCAAUCUGAUACGCCUGUUUAUCUCUGUAUCUCAACAUCGAACUUACGAUUCGCCUGCUGAGACAGAUUAUUCGCGCUGCAGAUUGAUUUCAGCAGCAACGUUAUUUGAUUUGUGAGCUUUUUCAUUAAUUUCUUGUUUAUAUACGAAGCUUGAUCUCGUUUUGUAUUCGUGAAGGCUUUGAUCUAGCAGUGAAGACUAAACAAGAGUUUUUACAGAAUUUUUUUGUUCUAGGGUUUCGAAUUUGGCUUCGUCUGUUUCUUGCGUUACCGUAAAUUAAUUUCGAAGAGUUGGUGAUUGAUUGAGUGUCUUUUGAGUAGAGAUAUCCAAGAAAUUGAAAUCCGUGAGUUAAAUGUGAAACUACUUCGCCUGCCAGGAAAAAACGAAUCCAUAAACUUUCAUGUUUUAGCUUUUUUCGAGCAAAAGGUUCCGAUAUAUCUAUCGGUGUCGUAGGGUUUUAGUAGACAGUGAGCUCUGGUUCUGUAGAUUCAAAUUCUGAAGGGCAUGGCGUCAUACAGGCCGUUCCCUCCACGACCUCCUCAAUCAAAUUUUGGUCCACCACCGCCACCACCUGCCCUGCCCAAUCUCACCUCUCUUCCACCUCCGCCACUUGCCCCUCCGCCUCAACCAAGAGGAAAUCAGUAUUCACAGAAUUGGGGCUAUACUAAUUCGAACUUUCAACAGGGUGGUUAUGUGGCUCCAUCUGGAAACCCUGUUCCCAAUCAACAGUUUGCAUCAUAUCCACCUCCACCACCACCAGAGUCUGCAUAUCCACCGCCACCACCUCCUUCCCAGACUGCACCACCUGGGCAAAUGUAUUUUCCAUCUUCUCAGUACUCCCAGUUACAUAGCCAGCCUCUACAACCGCCGCUGCAACCACCACCACCACCUCCACCUUCCUCUCCCCCCAGUUCUUCAGUUCCCCCGCCUCCUCCUCCACCAUCACAUCCACCGUCACCUCCCCCACCCCCUUCGGCUGUCCCUAUAAAUAACCAAGCCAAGCAAAGCAGACACGAUAGUUUUAAAAAGCCUUCCACUGAACUCGAGAAUUCUAAAUGGCGUGAUUCAUCACAUUCUCAUCACGCAGGUCCUUCCAGACAACAUUCUAAGCCUUCUACUUUACCUCCUUUGCCUGCAAGAAAAUCAAAUGGCCCUCCUGGUAGGGUCGAGACUGAAGAAGAGAGGAGGCUGCGCAAAAAAAAAGAAAUGGAGAAGCAAAGGCAAGAAGAAAAGCAUAGGCAACAGGUGAAGGAAUCUCAGAGUAAAGUCCCCCAAAAGACCCAAUUGUUAUCUUCAGGCAUCAAGCCACAUGGUUCAGUUAGUGGCUCCCACAUGGGUGAUAGGAGGGCUACACCAUUUUUGAGUGGCGAAAGGGUAGAAAACCGGUUGAAGAAGCCAACAACCUUUCUAUGCAAGUUGAAAUUCCGGGAUGAGUUACCAGAUUCAACAUCUCAACCGAAGCUUCUGUCUAUAAGGAGAGAUAAAGACCGAGCUGCGAAAUACGGUGUGACUUCAUUAGAAAAGGUGCAUAAGGCUCAGUUGUAUGUUGAGGCAGACCUUGGGAUACCACUUGACCUACUUGAUCUGAGUGUAUACAAUGGUGGGAGGGAUGAAAAUCAGCAUAUUGCCCCUGAAGAUGAGAGACUGUUGGUGGAGGAUGUGUGUGUGACCCCAACAAAAAAAGACGGGUUAAAAAGAAAAGAACGUCCUACAGAUAAAGGCAUGUCUUGGCUUGUCAAGACACAAUAUAUAUCUCCUCUUACCACCGACACCACAAGACAGUCUUUUUCUGAACAACAAGCAAAAGAACUACGCGAAAGACGCGGUAACACCUUAUUAGACAACCACAAUAGUAGGGAAAGGAAAAUUAAGGACAUUAAGGCUUCAUUUGAGGCUUGUAAGUCGCAUCCUGUUCAUGCAACCAACAAAAAACUACACCCGGUUGAGAUUUUGCCAUUAUUUCCUGAUUUCGAACGGUGGGAUGAUCAAUUUGUUGUUGCAACAUUUGAUGGUCCUCCUACUGUGGAUUCAGAAAGCUACAAUAAAAUGGAGAAAUCUGUUCGAGAUGCCCAUGAAUCUCAGGCCAUUAUGAAAAGCUUUGUAGCAAGUACCUCAGACCCUGCUAAACCCGACAAAUUUUUGGGUUACAUGGUUCCUUCGGUUGGUGAGCUGUCAAAGGACAUAUACGAUGAAAAUGAAGAUAUAUCAUACACGUGGGUUCGUGAAUAUCGUUGGGAUGUGCGGGGUGAGGAUGUGGAUGACCCUACCAAUUUCCUUGUGGCAUUUGGUGAAUCAGAUGCUCGUUACAUGCCUCUGCCAACAAAGCUUAUCUUAAGGAAAAAGAGAGCCAGGGAAGGAAAAACGAGCGAUGAGGUUGAACAUUUCCCUGUUCCUGCAACUAUCACAGUCAGACAAAGGUCAACCGUUUCAGUUGACAUGAAGGAAUCCGAGGGUUAUAUGGGUUCGAGAGGGAGAAGUUCGAAUGCUAGACAUGACAUGGAAGAUGAUGGUGAUAUGGAUCGAUCUAGUGGGGGAGAAUAUGAUUUGUCGGAUUGAUCAUCCAUGUAGGGUAAUUAUGGAAAAAGAUUAUAAAAACUGUUAAAAGGAACUGGAAAAAUAGAAUGUAAACAAUCUGCAGGAGGUGUACCAGGUAAUUCUUUUUUCUUACCUUAUAUUUAUAUGUCAUCCUUUUUUUUUUUUUUUUUACCCUUUUGCUGUUUACAUUAUUAUAUUUAUAUUACAACAUGCAAUGAUGUUAUUAUAAUGUGUACAUUACAUUAUUAAGCAUGGUAUAAGUAUAAACCAUACCUUGUAAUGCAGUUUUAGCAAAAUUUAUAUAUACUACAGUAUUGCUUUUGAA